UUCUAUUCUUGUGUUUUCUUUGGAAGGCGUUUGCUAUUUGUUCUAUCAGUCAUGUCUGGACGCGGAAAGCAGGGCGGUAAGGCGCGCGCCAAGGCCAAGACACGCUCGUCGCGGGCGGGUCUGCAGUUCCCGGUGGGCCGCGUGCACCGCCUGCUCCGCAAGGGCAACUACUCGGAGCGGGUCGGGGCCGGCGCGCCCGUGUACCUGGCGGCCGUGCUCGAGUACCUGACGGCCGAGAUCCUGGAACUGGCGGGCAACGCGGCGCGCGACAACAAGAAGACGCGCAUCAUCCCGCGCCACCUGCAGCUGGCCAUCCGCAACGACGAGGAGCUCAACAAGCUGCUCGGCAAGGUUACCAUCGCGCAGGGCGGCGUGCUGCCCAACAUCCAGGCCGUGCUGUUGCCCAAGAAGACCGAGAGCCACCACAAGGCCAAGGGAAAGUAAAAUGCUGGCCAUUGUUUCUAACACGGACUUUUUCCUAAUCAAGAAAGAGUUAACCUAACAACAAAGGCUCUUUUAAGAGCCACCCA